UAAAUAUUGAACAAUGAAUACUGAAAUGAAAAUAGAAUCAUUAUACAAUUUUUAAAAAAAAGUUGAAAAUUGUUUUUUUUUAAUUUCAAAAAUAUUCGGAUACAACACACUAUAACAAACAGCAUCACCUUUUUUUCGAUUUUUUCUCUACAAAAAACAAAACAUGCUUACGAAUACAUUAAAGAUUACUAUCUUAUUAAUGGUUUGCGCUAAUCAUUGUUCAUCCCAGUUUGAGCUUAAAUCCUAUCAUAUUUACCCGGAAGAUUAUGAUUAUGAAGAAUCAGCUGCGGAUUCGAUCAAAUCUAAACUUAAAGAUUCCGAGUUGUAUAAUCGUUAUCGAAUGAGACGUCAUUUUAUGCCUCAACGAUUUGGCAAAAGAUUUACAAAAGGAUUCAUACCACAACGCUUUGGUAAAAGAUUAUACGAAAAAAUGAAUCUGUGAAUUUUAUAUACAUAUUGAAUAUUUAACGUUUGUUCAACUAACAAUUAUUGUAAACUGAUGAUUAACAAAUUUUUGUGAUUGAAUUAAAAU